AAAGAUGAACCCCAAGACCGCCAAAGAUCGUAUUAUGGGCAAGUGGGGCUUAAAGUCGAGCGGCUCCAGAGCUGAGAGUGGGCUGGAGAAGGGUAAACAGGAGAGCGCUGGGCUGCGGAAUCAUCCCACGGAGGAAGCCGCCCCCGGGAGCGGCGGGAUGGCGGAGGCGGAGAGGAGCGGGCUCCUCCAGAAAAUACAUUCCCUUGAAAAAGAAAAAGAAAAACACAACCAUCUUGUUGGAGAGAAAGACAGGGAAAUCCAAAACCUGAAAGACAAGCUGAAGUCCAAAACCAAUAAUAGUGAAGUCUCCUUACUACGAAAUCAACUAGAGGAAAAAACAAAGGAAGCAGAAAGGAGAGAACAGUUACUUUGUUCUCUAUCAGAAGAAAUUAACCGGUUAAAAUGUAAUUUAUCUGCUGUCAUGGCAAAAUGUUCUGAUCUCGAGAACAAAGCCAGUAGCACUUCUCAGGCAUCCCAGGAAGCUGUAACAAACAGCACUGAAGUUGAAAGACAAUUGAAAGAUGCUCUUGAGAAAAACCAACAGUGGCUACUGUAUGACCAGCAACGGGAAGCAUAUGUCAGGGGAUUGCUUGGGAGGAUCUUUGAACUUGAACAGAAGUCAGAAGUAGUUAACCAACAAGAAUCUAAAGGAUUCAGUUCAGAAGGUCAUCUGCAAGAGGAAAAGCAAGAAUACUAUGACCACCUGCUACUAACUGCUAAGAGGGAUCUUGAGACUGAAAGAUGCACUGUAACCCAGCUGAGAUCUGAACUUAAUGAAUUCAAAAAGAAAUAUGAAGAAACACAAGGAGAAAUAAUGAGUUUAAAUGCCUUAUUGCAGUCACAACGGGUUGCUGAAAUGAAGGCUCAAGAAAAUGAAAAUAAAAUGAAAGAGAAAGUGCAGAGACUAAAACAGGAAAAUGAAAUUUUCAAAGAAAAGCUCAGAGAAGGAAAAAAAAAAGCUGAAGAUCUUUCUUGUCAGGUGCAACUUCUUCAUAAAUCGUUGCUGAAACAGAAAGAGGAGCACACAAGGAUAGCUUUGUUGGAACAACAGAUCCGGACAUGCACCACAGACUUAGAGAAUGGAAAGCUUGAUCGCCAGAACUUGGAGCAUCAGUUAAACAAAGUCCUCAAGGAACUGCACAAGGCCAGGGAGCAAAUAUCCCGUCUGGAACCUCUGAAACUCCGAGAAUCUGGACGUGUGGAACUACAAGAAGAUCUGCAAGCUCUGUUUGACGAGAAGCUGACCACGUAUGACAGAAGUCCUUCCCCAAAACAUUCAAGCCUCCUUGAUGAAAGUUUUCUCGAGUGUCCCAGAUGUAAAAUGAUGUAUCCAACAAGCCAGCACAGAGAAUUGUUGGCACAUAUUGACUUCUGUACAGCUUGAGCUCCAAAUGGACUUACUAUAUUUGCUUUACACAUACUGCCAAUAUGCUCAGCAAGAGAUCUUUUAAAGCUUUAUUCUUAAGGUUGCAUAAAGGACUGCUAGUUUUAUAAUUCAGUUCUACAGAAACAUUAAGAGUAUAAUAAUUUGGCCUCAAAUAUUUUACCUGAUGUUUUUGCAAAAAAGCAGCUAUUGCACUUUUGGUUGCAAAUGGAAAUAUUUUUAGAAUUAGGAAUAUCUUAAAUAGUAAACUACUGACUCUUUUUUUUUUUUUGCACUAUUAAAUAUAAGAACAGUAAAAGCACAGCUAUUGUGUCAGACUUUAUUUUAACAUUUGGCAUAUCCAGUUCUUGGUUGGUGAAUCCUGAUGAUUGUGCUUGUACCUUAACUAACAAGAAUAGCUGCAAAAGAUUUUUGGCCCUCGUAGGUGCACUAUAUAUAUAUAUUUAUAUGUACAUGGUGUGUGUGUGUAUGUGUAGUGUGUAUAGUAUAUAUAGACAUGAACCAUAUACAUGUGAAAUGUCAUCUUGAUACACAAAAACUCAGGAGGGCCAUGUUAGAUCUUUGCUGCUUAAGAUUCAUGUUGAAAACAUCAAUCAUAAGCAGCUUAUUUUCCUGAACCACAAUCAGGGGUGACUGAAAUUCUGACCAAGGUUUAAGCUCUUCUCAAAAAAACCAACUUCCUAGCAAAUACAAACUUCAUUGGUGCUGAAAAGCUUAUAUUUCAGACAAUGUCAGAGGCCAUUUUUGAAGUUUGGAUAUAGAAUUAUGCUGAAUUGAACUUGUUUGUACUUCUAUAUUUUAGAGGUUAAAGUUGAGAAAUGUCAGUUAUUCAAUCUUAUAUUUGACAAAUGUCCCAAACUGCAGUUUUUAUAAAUUGCUGUAGUGGAUUUGAAGUGUCACUGUAUUUUGGUAUUACUACAGGAAACAAGUUAACGAUGAAUUCUGGCAACAAAUUAGAAACUGGCAAAAAAAUUCCCUUAUGGAUUUGGAAUUGCGGCAUUAUUUUUCUCUAGCACCUGCUGUAAACCUGAAUCUGUUUCCAGUGUUUUGUUCCUUGCAUCUGUAGUGAAGUCCAAAAAGAAGUUCCUUCCGUGGAAAUUAUUAAAAUGAGAAAAUUUUACAAAAAUACACUAGUUGAGAAUAAAUUUGCUUCUUUUACAA